UCUCCUUAUGUCUCAGUGUGUCUUAUAUUAUGUGGUGGAAUAUCAUGCCGUUGACCUUCACGUGUAAAGUGCUACCCACCCAUGAGAAAAGUGGGAGGCAGGUGAUCAGGUAAUAUUAGCCCUAUCCAGGUCACGGGAUCAGCGACGGUAUAAGAGGGUUUCGGCCGACUUGCGAGGGCAUUUUGAAAGCUGAAAAAAAGGUUCCUUCUCCCUACUCUUCUUCCUUGCUCCCCUCUCUCUUUUCUCUUCUUCUUCAAAUGUCUUCUCUAAAUAACCAGAUCAUCGUUGUUGGUGGAGGUUUGUCAGGUUUGGCAGCUGCUCACACCAUCUUGGAACAAGGUGGCAACGUCUUGCUUUUGGACAAAAAUCCUUUCUUUGGCGGAAACUCUACUAAAGCUACUUCUGGUAUCAACGGUGCUUUGACCCGCACUCAAGUCAAGUUGGGCAUCAAGGAUUCUGCAGAAAUCUUUUAUGAGGACUCUGCACGAUCAGCUCGUGACCUUUUGAGACCUGAAUUGGUUCAGGUUUUGACUGGCAAGAGUUCAUCUGCUGUUGAAUGGCUUCAGGAUAAAUUCCAGUUGGACCUUAGCUUGGUGUCUCGUCUUGGUGGUCACUCACAGCCUCGUACUCAUCGUGGCAAGGAACAGUUCCCUGGUAUGACUAUCACUUAUGCACUCAUGGAAGGAUUCGAGGAAGCCGCUGAAAAGAUGCCUGAACGUGCAAAGAUCAUCAAGCGAGCUAAUGUCCACAAGCUCAUCCAAGACGAUCAAAAGAAUGUUAUUGGUGUUGAAUAUACCUUGGUUGGCAAGGGCGCUGAUGGCAAGACUUACCAAGAGCAUGGUCCUGUUGUUUUGGCCACUGGCGGUUAUGCUGCUGAUUUCACUGACAACUCACUUCUCAAGCAAUACCGCCCAGAACUCUUUGAUCUUUCCACCACCAACGGUGAUCACUGCACAGGUGAUGGUAUCAAGAUGACCGCAGCUAUUGGUGGAAAGACCAUCGAUCUUGAAAAGGUUCAGGUUCACCCAACUGGUUUGGUCGAUCCUAACGAACCUGAUGCUAAGGUCAAGUUCUUGGCUGCCGAGGCUCUUCGUGGCUGUGGUGGUAUUCUUCUCAACGCCGAGGGUGAUCGUUUCUGCGACGAAUUAGGUCACCGUGAUUAUGUCACUGGUGAGAUGUGGAAGAACAAGUUCCCUAUUCGCCUGGUCCUUCACACUGCCGCUUCCAAGGAAAUCGAAUGGCACUGCAAGCAUUAUACUGGACGUGGUCUCAUGAAGCGUUUUGCUAACGGUCAAGAACUUGCAAAGGACAUGGGUAUCUCACCUGAGAAGCUCGAGAAGACUUUGGAAGAAUACAAUGCUAUUUGCAAUGGCAAGGCAAAGGACCCUUGGGGUAAAAAGUAUUUCCAUAACUUCCCCAUCAAGAUGACCGACUACUUCUACGUUGCCCAUAUGCAACCCGUUCUUCACUACACCAUGGGUGGUGUUGAGAUCUCACCAGAGUCUGAAGUCCAUGAUGCUUCUGGCAAAGCCAUUCCUGGUCUGUUUGCCGCUGGUGAAAUGUGCGGUGGUGUCCACGGUGCCAACCGUCUUGGUGGUUCUUCCUUGCUUGGAUGCGUCGUGUUUGGUCGUGUUGCUGGUGCAUCCGCUUCCAAGCACUUGUUCAGCCAUCUCGUCAACAACAGCAAUGCUGUUGCUCAACAACGUUUGGGUGCCAUUGCUCAGCACUUGAAUGGUGGUAUCGGUAUUAACAUCACCAUCAACCCUAACGAACCCAAGGUCAACUUUGAAAUUGCAUGGCCCGGUGCUGCUUCUUCUGGUCAACCCUCCGCUGCUGCUCCAUCACAAACAUCGGCAGUUGAGACCCCUGCUGAGGAACCCAAGAAGGAAGAUGCUCCCCAGAAGAUGGGCGAAUAUACUUUGGAAGAGGUGGCUAAGCACAACAAGCCUGAUGACUGCUGGGUGAUUGUGAACGGCCAAGUUCUCAACGUUACCGACUUCUUGCCCGACCACCCUGGUGGCAAGAAGGCCAUUCUUAUCUUCGCUGGUCGUGAUGCUACUGAUGAAUUCAAUAUGCUCCACAAGCCCGAUGUCGUUGAAAAGUACGCUCCUUAUGCUAUCAUUGGCACUUUGAAGAAGUAAUCGAUAAAUUGGCACCAUUAACAAGUAAUCCAAAUAUGAAAAAGAUGCAUUAUAUACUCCAAAAAUAACAUCGUUUGUAGACCAAGAAUUGAAAUGAUUAAAAAAAAAAAAUUGGCGCGUCUACAUGGCCUUUAGUUUAGCUGUGUUUUCCAACGAAUUUUUGCUUUUUACAAGCAAUAUAAAUAUCAUGGCCAUGAUUAAAAAUACCUUUUCAAAUAUUAUAGAA